CGAGGCGAGUAGCAAGUGGAGGUCGCAUACGACUUGAGCGGAUCGAGCAAGGCAUUUUAGUUUCACACAUUCACUUCGAAUCAAACAAAAAACAUGGCUUCGAUGCGGUACUUCGUCCUCGUGGCGCUAUUGGGCUUCGCUGCUGUGGCGAAUGCAGCUAACGCUGUACGACCAACGAACAUGCAGGGCAUGAUCGAUGAAGAGAAUGCAAAAUGUGAGAGUGGUGCUGAUUCGAUGGCCUGCAUUAAGGUGCGCGCUAUGCGGUUCCUCGAUACAGUGAUCAACAACGAUAACUACAAAUUCGGCGAUGUAGAGGUCCGCUCCAAUGGAUACCAACCUGCUGCUGUCGAUGCCAAUAGCGCACGCUCCAACGACGAAGAACGCGAUAUAGUCGAUGCUGUCGGCGAUUACCUGCAGGGACACGAUGUUACCAUGGACUUGCCUUUAGGUGAUGCCAAGGUCACCGUCUCUUCACGCAAUUUGGCCAACGAUGAGUUGAGCCUUAAUGUGAAAUUGGCCGGUGAUGGUGUGGUUGAGGGCAAGGGUAAGAAGGGCAACUUCUUCAAGAAGGGCAAGAAGCACCGUUUGCGUAAAAUGAUUAUGCCAUUGAUGGUGCUGAUCCUAUUGAAGGCGAUGACUGUCAUCCCAAUGGCCAUUGGUAUUCUGAAGAUUAAGGCAUUCAAUGCGUUGGCGUUGGGCUUCUUCUCAUUCAUUGUGUCGGUUGGUUUGGCCAUUUUCCAAUUGUGCAAGAAGAUCGCCGCUGAACACCAUUCUGCGCACAUCACUGCCCACGGCCCCUGGGAUGGUCGAGCCAUGGGCGUAUCUGCUGCCGUCAACGAACCCGCAUAUCAACCAAGCGAAGAGGCACAAAGCUUGGCCUACAAAGCUUAUGUUUAAAAUUUUUCCUUAAACUCUGACAGUACCUAUAUCUACGUACCCAUGUAUGUGCAAGAACAGAAGAAACCCAUUCUUACUAAAAAUAUAAAAAUAACAAAACUCUACACAAAAAGUAAAAAUACGGAGAUGAACGAAUUUAAUGAAGCCAAAAUGAACCGGAUGGCAGCACGGAGCAUAAUGUCGGAAAAUCGGCCCAGGUUGAGUUCAUCUUAAAAAAUGGAACUUGAAAUUAAGCAAACAACAACAAGCACUAGAGCAAUUUGUUUGAUUUGGCGGAAUUUUUCCACUCUAUGUUAAUUGUUAUCCGAAGAGUUGGGAAUUUCUCCACGCCAUCACUGCCUACCGCACGCCGUGGCGUAUGAGUGUUCCGCGUGCAAAAGCAAACGGGAUCCAAAUACGAAAGCCAACAGCAACUAUAACAACAAAAACUGAAUAUAGCUACAAACUCUACCACAUUUACCACUUAAGCACAAUACCUUUAAUUGUUAAUAAUUUAUUUAUUUAUUUGUAACCUUAUUUAUUGUAAAAUACACGAAGGAAAUUCACCUUUUUGUAUCGUUAAAUUUACAGAAGAUUGUAAAAG